GACACUCAACGUCUGCACGCAAUGCCAUGGAUGCAGCUCCUUUGACACUUCUGACACCGCAGCUACACCGGCGCAAUCAAAGUGCUUAUCAGGCAUCGCUUAACUACUGCCCAACGCAUCUUAGCCUUCCCCCGCCGCGGAGUGUAGUGCCGCCCAUGUGAAGCCUAUGGUACACACACAGGAGGGGUAAGCGCCGAAGGGGCAUCUCUCAACAUUUCGCCGUCUGUCGAGUACUCAGACAACAACCCAACAAUGUCGCGUCCGAGUUCUGAAGCGGGUGAAGGCGACGCCCUUUUGAACACCGGCGAGGUAAUCGCAUCUUCUUCUCGAAACUAUUCUACACUUGACCACACGAAUCUUGCCGAAGAAAUAACCACAAGAGACGGAACAUCUUUGGACACAGACAAAGAGAAGCCUGUUAGCCAUGAUCGAUCGGACGACCCGGAGCGUUCACGCUCGUUAGCUGAAGAGCUUGGCGAUGAGGAUAUCUCUUUGUACGAGAAGAAAUGCUUGCUCAUCAACCGCGAGAUCGACCUCAUGGGCAUGGGUCGAUACCAGUGGUCGAUUUGGGCCCUUUGUGGCUUUGGCUACAUGAUUGACUUGAUGUGGGCACAGGCAUUUGGCCUCGUCCUUUCGCCCAUCCAGCAGGAAAUGGGGUUUGGAGCUGAUCAAACUGGCAAGCUAUCCACUGCCUUUUCGAUCGGACUCACCGCCGGUGCGUUUGUGUGGGGUGUCCUUGUGGACGUGAUUGGGCGAAAGUUCUCUUUCAACCUGACAGUCUUCAUCGCGUGCAUCUUCGGCACUUGCAUUGGCGCUCCAAGCACUUAUAACGCCAUUCUGGUUCUUACGGCAUUUACUGGGUUCGGCGUUGGGGGUAACAUUCCCAUUGACACCACGAUAACCUUGGAAGCCACCCCCCAGAGCAAGCGCUACCUUCUUCCCUUAUUGUCCAUUUUCCAACCAAUCGGUGUUGUUAUCUGCUCAGUGCUCGCCUAUGGUUUCAUCCCCAACUGGUCUUGCAGUCCCAAUUUCUCUGAGGGAGAUCGAGCGUUACCUGCUUGCGGCAUCGUUGCUACAGGAGAGGCCUGUUGCUCAAGGGAAGACAAUAUGGGAUGGCGCUAUCUACUCUUUACUCUGGGAGGCAUAACGAUACUUGUCUUCGUCUUGCGUUCGGUUAUUUUUACCUUCCAGGAGUCCCCGAAAUUCCUCAUAUAUCGUGGAAAAGAUGCAGAAGCCAUCCAAGUGUUGCACACUAUGGCUCAAUACAACGGUACAAACUGUACAUUGGUCCUAGAGGAUCUCGAAGCACUUGAAAGAGAGUUUGAUUCUGACCGAAAUACUGGACCCAUGCUUGGAGGUGGUGUCAAACAGCUCAAGUCCACAUGGGCUGAGAAGCUGAAAUUAGAAGGCGACCGCUUCAAGAUUCUGUUUUCGAGCUAUCAGAUGACAAGAUUGACACUUUUGGUUUGGCUUACUUACAUAUGCGACUAUUGGGGCUUCACUGUUGCAGGCUCCUACCUUCCACAGAUUUUGGCCGUAAAGAACGGCGCCCUUGAUCUUUCGCUCCGCUACACCUACCGCUCUUACAUUUUCAUCUAUCUUCCCGGAGUUCUCGGCGUUGUGCUCGGAACUCUAUCUUAUCGUGCAUCACGAGUGGGCCGCAAAUGGACAAUGGUGGUUUCCUCUGCGCUCAUGGGCAUUUCCAUCUUCCUCUUCAGUAGUGUCAACUCGGCAGCUUCGAACAUUGGCUUCAACGUCAUGGAGUACUUCUUCCAAUCCAUGUUCAACUCGGUCUUGUACGGUUGGACACCCGAGGCUUUUCCGGCACCUAUCAGAGGCACGGCAUGCGGUAUCGCGAGUUUCUGGGGCAGGCUGUUCGGCAUUAUCAGUCCACUUAUUGCACAGCACUUGUAUGCUGGUGGUGGUGCAGGGAGGGACAUCAACAGUGUUUUAUAUCUAGCUGGAGGAGUAACACUGGGCUGUGUCAUCACGACAGCCCUGUUACCCAGCAAGCUUGUAGGCCGGCAGAGCUUGUAGGAAUUCGGAUGUGUGGGGUCUGAAGGAGCUCUGGAACGGAAGGGAGGGAUAUGUCUAAACGUGACCGCUGCUAGAGAUACCCGCUACACUAGGUAGCAUGCAUUACUAGAAGAAGACAAGCAAUAUAAGGGUAGCACAAUUCAAAACAGCGAGUUUCCUAAUCAAGACAAUCUGAAGUCGAGCCCAAGGCAUCCACGAACG